GAAAGAUGGGUGUUCAGAAAAGUGUGGGUUGUCUAAAGACCAGGCUGCAUGUUUUGUCUGUGGGGGAAAUCAGUGGGUGUGAGACAUGUGAGAAGAAAGAUGGAAAGUCCGGUGAAACGGAUGACAGCAAAGAACAAAAAUGUCACGGGAAGCAACAAAGAGAGUAAGGGUAGAAAAUGUAAUUGGGAGAAAAGCACAGAGCAAAGUUUGGACCGUGGGAAGAGGGAUAGUCAGUGGAAUGGUUAUAAAUUGUGCAAUAGCCUAGUUAGUGUCGCUGUGCGUACCUGCUUGCUUGUAAUUCCUGCGCAACAUAUUUGCAAGGUGAUUCACGCGCCUUGGCUGCAUUUUGGACUUGAACGACCGCAGAGUGAAAAGUGAAAACAAACAAACCAACAAACAAACAACCAUUAGAAGUCAUAGCCGUGUCAUGCACCAGUCUGCAGUUUGCUGCGGUUACUCAGCACAGAGUGAGUGGAGGAAGUAAACAGGGCGGCAUGUCAACUGAAAGCCCCACACCGCCCCCUCCUCUGCCCCCGACUGCUCCGCCACCCCCAGUUGUCCUACCAGGCUCCAGUAAGAAGAAGCUGUACCAGGCCAUAGCUGAGGGAAAGUCCCCCGUGGUGGGAGAUCACAAGGAGGCACAGCUUCUACUCAGACAGAGAGAGGGCAGUUUCAGACAAGACCUGCAGUGGGCCCUCUUCAACAAAUACGUGCCUUCCCUCAUUCAGGAUGGACCACAGUGUGGUCUGGUGGCGCUGUGGAUGGCUGCUCACCUCCUGCAGCACCCACUGGCCAUGACCAUGGAGAGCGUGGUGCACACGGCCAUGCAGAGGGGCUACACCGCGCAGGGAGAAGUCUUCUCAGGUGCAGCGGCAGUUUGUUUGGCACUUGCGAUUCAACAGCAACAUUUUGGCGCCCGGUUGGAGCAGAAGGUCUGGCUCAAUCACGUGCGUGUGUGUGUUUUAGCCCGGGACAUGGCUCUGCUUGCUGAAGAGGUGUGUGGGUGCCACGCAGAGCAUCUGUCGGGAGGAAUGGGAGGGGAUAACUCCUCCCGCAUCGUGAGGCACCUCUCUGCCGGACUUCCGGUCCUCAUUCCUUACGACGAGGACUUCAACCACGAGCCCUGUCUGCGUAGUGGCCACAGAGCACACUGGGCUGUGGCUUCAGGGAUUCUGUUGGGUGUGGCACAGGGCACUCUGAAGGGGCAUUUCCAGGCAGACCCUGCCCUGCCCUGGCUGCUGCUGCCCCGGGAUGCCCCCUGCUGGCAGGGUGCGGCGGUGGAGGAGGUGUACAUCCUGGCCAAGCAGGGCAAGAGCCUGCGCUACCAGCUUUGGCCACUGGAGGCGCUGGAGAGGAGCAACAGCCAGCUGCGGGAGAUGGACCCAAAGCGAGCGGCUGACGGCACGGCCUACGUCCUGCCCCAGGGCGGGCUGCAGGUCGGGCUGGCGGGACAGGCAGUGCUUCUGCACAGACAGACCGACCGUGACGUGAACCCUGCCCAAAGCACGGAGCAGGACUGAGCCACGCAACAACUGCUCAAAGGCUCAAAGGAUGGACUGACCGCUCUCCCAUAUAUAUAUAUAUAUAUAUAUAUAUAACUAUAUAUAUAUAUAUAUAAAAAUAUAAAUAAAACUAUUAAAAUGUUCUUUGAUGACUAACUUGACAGUGGCCACCUACAUUUCAAUAAAAUAAUAUUGUAUUGAA